AUGCAUCUCUAUGCACCUGCACAAACAAGAUCUGACGGCAUAACCUUCCCCGAAGGUUACCCAUCACAAUCUUACACACAAAAGAGAUCUGCCAGCAUAACCUUCCCCGAAGGUUUUUCGGAAGCUCGAGGUGGCGUCUGGUGGCUUCAGAACGCGACACCUUGCUUCCGCAUGCAACCAAUGGCAUUGCUGCACGCCUGGAGCAGCUUCUUCCAUCCCAAUCCACUUGAGUCAAAUGGCACCUUCCCAUUGGUCCAUUCCCCAAGCUGCUGGGUAGCUGAACGUGAUUGGUUCGUUGAGGAUGAGCAUCUCCUCCUUGAUCCUAUCUUCCUGGAUCAAGUGGCUCCUUUCCAUUGGCUCAUUGUUGAUCAGAUCAACAAGCUGCUGAGUGUCUAG